GGUGUAGGACGGAUACAUGUUUAAAAAAUAUCUGCAAUUCGGUUCUAGCUCCUGUGACAAAAGUCAAGAGAAGCUGGUAUCAAUGAAUAACAACUCGGCCUCAACAUGUAUUCGGCCAUCUGCAAUCUCUUCCGUGGCUCUCCCAGUCCUCUACAUCUUCCUCUGCAUCAUCGGUCUCUUUGGGAAUUCUCUCUCUCAAUGGGUAUUUUUAGCAAAAAUCACCAAGAGAACAUCCACUCACAUCUACCUAGCGCAUCUCGUGACAGCAAACUUACUGGUGUGCAGCACCAUGCCCUUCAUGGGCGUGUACUUCCUGAAAGGCUUUCAAUGGGAGUAUAGAUCCACACCGUGCCGGGUGGUCAAUUUUUUGGGAACCCUCUCCAUGCAUGUCAGCAUGUUUGUCAGCCUCUUGAUUCUGAGCUGGAUCGCCAUCAGCCGCUAUGCCACCUUGAUGAAAAAGGAUUCCACGCAGGAGACCACUUCGUGCUACGAGAAGAUCUUCUAUGGCCACUUGCUGAAGAAAUUCCGCCAGCCCAACUUUGCGAGAAAACUCUGUAUGUACAUCUGGGGAGUUGUACUCUGCGUCAUUAUUCCCGUGAUCAUAUACUACUCGGUGGUGGAGGCCACAGAGGGGGAAGAGAGCCUGUGCUACAACCGGAAGAUGGAACUAGGAGCCAUGAUCUCUCAGGUCGCGGGCCUCAUCGGGACCACAUUUAUUGGAUUUUCGUGUUUGGUCGUCCUGACAUCAUACUACUCUUUUGUCAGCCAUCUGAGGAAGAUAAGGACCUGCACAUCCAUCACGGAGAAGCAUCUCACGUACAGCUCUGUGAGGAGGCAUCUUUUGGUCAUCCAGAUCCUAUUGGUAGUCUGCUUCCUUCCCUAUAGCAUUUUUAAGCCCAUUUUCUUUGUUCUCCACCAAAGAGUGAGCUGUGAGCAGCUGAAUUAUUUGAUAGAAAUAAAAAACAUCCUCACCUGUCUGGCAUCAGCCAGAAGCAGCACAGACCCCAUUAUAUUUCUUUUUUUAGAUAAGACAUUCAAGAAGAUACUGUAUAAUCUCUUCACAAAGUCAGAUUCAACACCUAUCCAACCCUCUGGUUGACUUUUGAGCGGGGAAGCCCGCCACAUAGAAACGCACUCAUGUGACUAUAAACUACAAGGUCAACAGGCCAAGGCCCGGUGGGCAACAGGCACCGAGCAGAUGCGUUUGGUUUAAAAAGUGAUCCCGAAACUCACUUUACAGUUCAACUCGUACCGAAGGUUGAGAAGCAGAGACUUUCAGAGGCAAAAGUAAUCGCAUUGAGAGGGUCCCACUGCAUAGGAAACUAACAGCCAUGUCUACGUGAAGUCACCAUGGGGACUUCUACUGGGAACACAGAGUGUCCUGGCGGGAGGACAAAGAAGCCAAGGGUGUGGCCUUUCCUGCUUCCUGGUAGUUCAAAUGCAAGGUCCAUCUGUGGAGAGUGUUUUGUUGGGAACUUUGAAAACGAAUAAAAGAAAAAGUGAACACGAAAUUUCCUCCCUUAAGUCCCAUCUAAAUGUGUGAAGGUAUGAAACACACGACUUGCUAGUACCUGGCUUAUGAUACUAGGAGAAGCAAUAUUCACUGAUUCUUGUAUUUCUUAAGCAGAUGUACUUAUAAAUAUGCUUAAAUAUUUGGAUUAGACUUUGUCAAUGCCAUUAUAUGCCAAUCUGGAUCGCAUUUUGUAUAUUUUCCUCUGCAUUUAAUAUAAACAAUGUUGUUAUUGCUGACAAAUAGAACCUGGCAUGUAGAUCUGUUCUAUUAGUGUUGGUGAAAUAAGUGAACUAAUUCAUAGGCACUAUUAUUAAAUCAGAUGAUGUUACCAUUAUGAGUAGCUACCACUUACUAAGCACUUGCUAUGUGUGAGGCAUUCUUCUUACAUGCUUUGUAAGUAUUAUUUCAAUGAUCACAACCCUAAAGUAUGUCAAUUUACCGAUUAAAAUCUGAAGUGCAUACGGUAGUUAAGUAAGUUAUCCAAUUUUCUAAGUAAAUAUUUAAAGAGUAAGCA